GUGGCAAAGGUUAACAUACACAUUCACUGUGGAUGAACACAUUUCUAUUGGUGUUUAGCAUCCUUAUAACCUACAGAGUCUGAGCUAGGUGAACAGCCAUUCACCAAGCUUUUUUCCUCAAUUCCACUGGAUUAUUUGUUCAUCAGACUUCAGUGCAGUCGAGAUAAAAGAGAGAAGGUCUGUUGCCUAUACAGGGGGUUUUAAUGAGGAUGUGAACCCCGGGGAGCUGAAAUCUGAAGUGGAGGGAUGCUGUUUUCCAGUCUUGUCAUUUCUUCGGUUGCUUCACUUCCCUUUCCGAUGGGCGUAAGUAAGCGGGAACUAUCCAAGGUACUAAAAUGCUGGAAGCUUUGCUGGUGAAUGCAGAUGGAUGGCAGAAGGAGAGAAGAAACAGAGUACUGCUUAUCUCACAAGGAAGAAGAUCAAAAACCCACCGAUUUCUAGAGAUGCAGCAUCUGACAAUGUGGAUACUUUUGCCAUCAAGAUAUAAUGCACUUUAAUUGAAGAAAAACUGAGCUGAACCACAAGUCUGCCUGUUUCUUAUGGUGCUGGAAUACUCCUGCAGACUGCACUGAGAUAAACCACAGAAAAGGGCUUUGCCAGACAAAAGUCACCUUUGAUUAUUGCACUUAGCAGCCCCUGGGGACUUAAAUUUGGAAAGUGCUGCUUCCAUUUUACAUUUCCUGAAAGAUGAUGCGUUCUAAUCAGGAGGACAACACUUUGGACUCUUUUCUCCAGUAUAUUGAAGAUAUGGGAAUGAAGGCCUAUGAUGGCUUGGUUAUUCAGAAUGCAUCAGACAUUGCUCGAGAGAAUGAUCGCUUGAGAAAUGAAACCAACCUGGCUUACUUGAAGGAGAAGAAUGAAAAACGCCGUAAGCAAGAAGAAGCAAUAAAACGCAUAGGUGGAGAAGUAGGGAGAGGAAACGAAGGAAGUUAUGUGGGCAAACAUUUCCGCAUGGGAUUUAUGACGAUGCCUGCUCCUCAGGACAGACUUCCACAUCCUUGUUCUAGUGGCUUUGCCGUAAGAUCCCAAUCUCUCCAUUCCGUCGGGGGCACUGACGAUGAAAGCAGCUGCUGCUCUCGGAAACAGCCGCCCCCAAAACCGAAGCGAGACCCCAACACCAAACUGAGCACCUCGUCGGAAACCGUCAACACCGUCACCACGAGUAAGAGUGGGAAGCUUCCUGACAGGACUGAAGUGUCAACCAAACCGAGGCCCCACAGUGAUGAAUAUUCAAAGAAGAUUCCUCCUCCAAAACCGAAAAGGAAUCCAAACACUCAGCUCAGUACAUCCUUCGAUGAAACAUAUAUCAAAAAGCACGGUCCCUUGAAGACAUCCCUGACCCGGGAUGCUUCCUUGUCCCAGGUCAGCAGUCCAGCCCUGGAUGCGGAGGAAGAGGAGCCCGUUUAUAUUGAAAUGGUGGGGAAUAUCCUACGAGACUUCAAAAAAGAUGAUGAUGACCAAAGUGAGGCUGUCUACGAGGAAAUGAAAUAUCCUAUAUUUGAUGAUGUAGGCCAAGAUUCAAAAUAUCCGUGUGAACUGGAUCAUCACAGCUGUUCUUCUCAGUGUGCUACUCCCACGGUGCCUGACGUAGAAUUCACCAAGUCCUCUAUCCCAUCUACUCCAAAGGGUUUGCUUAGUGAUAUUCCCCCACCGUUUCCAAACCUACUUUCUCACAGACCUCCACUGCUGGUGUUUCCUCCAGCGCCCGUACAGUGUUCCCCCAAUUCUGACGAAUCUCCUCUAACGCCGCUGGAGGUCACCAAGCUUCCUGUACUGGAAAAUGUGUCUUACAUUAAACAACAAGCUGGAGCUUCCCCAUCUUCACUGCCGACUCACAUCCCUGGUCAUCAGAAACUAGAGAAAGACCAGGCAGGACCUUCUUCGGCUCAUUCAUCAUCGCCACCCCACCCCUCUACCUUAUACAGAACCCAGUCUCCUCAUGGCUAUCCUAAAAGUCACUCAGCCUCACCUUCUCCCGUUAGUAUGGGGAGGUCUCUUACCCCCUUAAGCCUCAAAAGACCUCCGCCGUACGAUUCUAUACAUUCAGGAAGUCUCUCUAGAAGCUCCCCAUCAGUGCCUCAUUCAACAGCCAGAAACACAUCGCAAGAAGGGGGAAAGAUGGUAAAUGCCUCCGUCAAUACCUAUGGCUCAACACAGAGUGGUUCACGGUCCAGGACACCUACCAGUCCUCUAGAAGAGCUGACUAGCCUCUUUACCUCAGGACGCAGCUUGCUAAGGAAGUCCUCCAGUGGUCGAAGAUCUAAAGAACCUGCAGAGAAACCAGCGGAUGAACUGAAGAUCAGAAGCCACAGUACUGAACCACUACCAAAGCUGGAAAACAAAGAGAGAGGUCAUCAUGGAUCAUCUUCCUCCAGAGAGCCAAUCAAAGCUCAGGAAUGGGAUGGAACUCCUGGGCCACCAGUUGUGUCCAGUAGACUGGGGAGAUCCUCCGUUAGUCCAACCUUGUUAGCAGGAAAUACUAGUUCAGAGCCGAAAGUCAGCUGUAGAUUAGGUCGAUCUGCAUCCACGUCAGGUGUGCCUCCUGCUUCGGUUACUCCUCUCAGGCAAGCCAGCGACCUGCAACAGAGCCAGGUGACGUGCAUGCAGUGGUUGCAUGGAGACCAUACAAUGCUUGAGAUGAUUGAGAAAAAGCGUUGCUUAUGCAAAGAAAUCAAGGCUAGACAGAAAACAGAGAAGGGACUUUGCAAACAAGACAGCAUGCCGAUUCUACCGAGUUGGAAGAAGAAUGCGGGAACAAAGAAGUGCAGCCCUCCACCCUACUCCAAACAACAGACUGUAUUCUGGGAUACUGCAAUAUGACAAGGUUCAAUACGAUGCAGCCUCCGUAACAAUGUACCAUUCCACAGAUCCAGGAGAGAAACACAUAGGCCUGUUUGCCAGGAAAUUGGCUAUGACACCUAGCUUUUCUAUUGGUCAAAAUAUGUCCCGGUAACCUUGGAAAAAAAUAUAUGUAUAGAUGUGCCUCCCAAUAGCAAAUUCAAGACAAAUAUGACUUCCCCAUUGAAUUAAGGCACACGGAUCUAUUAAGGAUUUUUUUGAAUCCAAAAGAUGCUCAAAUGUAAAUAUUUUGCCAGUCUAUAGAA